AUGGCGACGAAUUACGCGACACAGGAGAGCCAGGUUACUUUGCUCUUCAGUGAUUCAUCGCAUAGCUCACACGCUGUGGCCGUGAAAACAAAGGACGCGAAGUUUAGCACGACAGGAGAUUUGUCUGGAGCUGACAAUGGCGACGAGCCCAAGCGAUUUCAGUGGGAGGCUGCAGGCAUUGGAAAAAUCGUGAUGAAGCCGAAUGAGUCCGAGGUGGAGGUCUGGCUAAAUGGUUACGACCUCAGAGUUGAGACCAGUGACACGGUUCCAUGGGAUUCUGGCAACAGUAAAAAGGGCCCCGAAGGCUGGGCAGGGAAAGUUCCACUGUUCCCAUGCCAUUGGUACGUGCACAGCCUGGGCUCCCGAGCAAAGUACACAUUUUUCAGCAGCGACAAGAACAUGGUGGUUCACGGUGACGGGGUUUGCGCACCAGGAGAAGAACUGGGGAGAAACUUUCCCUGCCGGUCAUGUGUGGCUCCAGGGGAUGUCGCGGGAUAAUUCUUCCCAGAUUGUCUGCUCGGGAGCUCGG